AUGGAGGAUGCAGAAGAGGGUAAACCCUUUCUCCCCAACGAGUACACCACGCCCGAGGUUGUGCCGGACGCGCGAAGCCUAAAGCGCCAACUACUUGAUUGGGUCUGGGUUAUCUCCACCGUGAUAUUUGCAUCACUUUCUUUUUUCCUCUACAUCCGAUCCACCAGAAUCGCGACAUAUGAGCAUGGAUUCUCAACAGACUUAGAUGCGCUGAAAUCACAAAUUCAACUGCACCAGGUACAAUUUACCGGUGGAUUAGAGCUCAACGAAACAGGCAAGCUGCACCGCAUCAUAGCCACGGGACAGCCACAGUAUGUCGGGCCUCCGACGCCUGAGAUCGACGCAGCGUGGGACGAGCUGAUGCUGGCCCUCGACCUCGAUCUUCCCGUGAAAGAGUCGGAAGAUGUGAGAUGGACAAUGAAAGGCGAAGAAAAUGAUAAAUACAGAGUCAGCCUUGAUCUGUACCAUUCAUUGCACUGUCUGUGCUCGGCCGACUUGACCCCACUUGGUUAUGAGUGGAAUGAGGAAUAUCAGGUUCCAUUCCCCUUGUUCAAAGAGAAACAUACCUGCCGGAACUUCGAAAAGAUAAAAUCUUGGGCAAUGGAAAGGAUUCCACCGGAGAGAAAGGCGCACAGUCACAGUCAUAGUCAUCCAACCGCACAACGGCAGGACUAG